GAGAUCAGCCCAAGACCUAGGGGCAGACACAUCAGUUGGAGCUCAAUUGUUGAUCUGAUCACAUCCAGGGGACUUGCGGCAAAAGAAAGGCUGAGAUUUGAGAAGAACAUCAUCUGUUUUUCCUUCUCGUUUUUGUGCUUGUACUCUUUCAGCUUGACUUUGUGAGAUUUCUGUUGUUUUCUACGGUGACUUUGCUUAAAGAUCCGGUAUAGGAGAUGUCUUUUCCCCAACUGGGUUACCCUCAGUAUUUAAGUGCCACCCAAGCGGUGUAUGGAGGCGAUCGGCCGGGAGUUCUGGCUGCCUCUGCCCGAGGAGGAAGCACCGAUAUCGGUGCAAAUCCGACAGCCACAGCAGCAGCAGUCACAUCGGUGUUGGGCAUGUACGCAAACCCUUACGCAGCCCAUAACUACAGCGCUUUCCUGCCUUACACCAGUGCCGACUUGGCUCUCUUCUCUCAGAUGGGUUCACAAUAUGAACUGAAAGAUAAUCCAGGUGUUCACCCAGCCAGUUUUGCUGCACACACUUCUCCAGCUUUUUACCCUUAUGGACAGUUCCAGUAUGGAGACCCUGCCAGACCAAAAAAUGCCACCAGGGAGAGCACAAGCACUCUCAAGGCCUGGCUUAAUGAACACAGGAAAAAUCCUUACCCAACCAAAGGAGAGAAGAUCAUGUUGGCCAUUAUAACAAAGAUGACCUUGACCCAAGUCUCAACCUGGUUUGCUAAUGCCAGGAGGAGGCUCAAGAAGGAGAACAAGGUCACCUGGGGUACAAGGAGCAAAGAUGAUGAAGAUGGCAACAUAUUUGGCAGUGAUAAUGAAGGUGACGCUGAGAAGAAUGAAGAUGAUGAAGAGAUUGACUUGGAGAGCAUAGAUAUUGACAAGAUUGAUGAGAAUGAUGGGGAUCAAAGCAAUGAGGAAGACGAGGAGAAAUUAGAAACCAGAGAGAGAAGAGAAAUAGACAGCAUGGAGAAAAGACGAGCAUUGACUCUUCAAGCGCAUGAAGGUUUUGACAAAUCAAAAGACACAAUCUCUACAGGCAAAGACCCAUCAGAAAGCAAUAACACAAGAGUUCUUUCCCCUGGCGGGCAGAGUAAUUUACAGCUGCCAGCAAACAAUAAACCCAAGAUAUGGUCCUUAGCAGAAACUGCUACUACUCCUGAUAGCGCUCAGAAACCCACGUCACCCUCUGCCCCAGUCAGUCACGCAUCACCCCAAAUACAGCACCCAGCGUUUCUUCCAAGCCAUGGACUAUACACGUGCCAGAUUGGAAAGUUCCACAAUUGGACAAAUGGUGCUUUCCUCAGCCAGAAUUCCCUGUUAAACGUGAGGUCUUUUUUGGGAGUAAAUCAACAUCACCAUCACCAUAAUCACUCCCUCCAUGCACAGCAGCAGCAGUCCUCUGUAGUUGCUUCAUCCGUCGUAGCGCUGAACAGUGAGAAGUCUUCAGAGAGUCUCAGUCCUAAACACAUAGAACGGGAAAACGUUCAAAGGACCGAAUCUCCCACACAGCCGUUGAAGUCCUCCUUUCAGCCAGUACACGACAGUCCCAGGAAUCAACAAGAGGCAACACAGCGAGUCUUAACAGCUCUGUCUUCAGCCUGAUCAAGAAUUUAUUGGUUGAAAAAAAAACGGACUUAAAAAACAGUAAAGGACUCACAAAAUGAAGUUUUCUUCCUUCACGUAGCAUUCAGCCGAGCAGAAAAUGGAAUCAAUUUGAUUAAACUUGUGGAUGGA